CUAAACAUGACAUUAAAAGCAAAUUUUUAAAUAAUAAACAGGGGCUAGUAAAAAAACAACAACAACAGUAAGUAAACAGCUGAUGUCAAGAUGAUGGAGGUUUAUAAAUGGGUAACAACACAUACCCAAACAUAGACUCAUGAGGAAUGGAGACCACAUCCAUCUUUAUUGGUCUGAGACUAGCAGUGAGUUUGUUGGAGAUUAUGUGUUUUUUCUCUGGUGGUUCUCUAGAUGUUCUGACGAAAAUGAUUCAGCCUACAGAGGCUCAGGCUGGUUCUGGUGUCAGUUCCGAGGCUUCAUCGAUGAAAUGUAUUCUGCAAGGAACUCCUCGUUUACCUGCAUUGUCAAUGAAUGGAGACUUUGUUAUUGGCGGGGCUUUCUCCCUACACUACACGAUGGAUGCAGUGAUUCAUAACUACACCACCAAGCCUGAGCCUCCAAGAUGCACUGGGAGGUUGAAUAACCGGGGUCUCCGCUUUGCUCGUGCAAUGAUCUUUGCUGUCGAAGAAAUAAACAACAGUACAGAGUUCCUGCCGGGCUUCAGAGUAGGAUAUCAGAUCUACGACUCGUGUGUCCCAGCACCUGUGCCCACACAUAUUGGGUUUCAGAUAGCAAACGGGCUAGACCCCGUCUUUUACAAAGACAAAAAUUGCUCUCAGUCUGGUACGGUGAUUGCUGUUGUUGGGGAUGGUGGCUCCACACAAACAAUCGGCUUGUUGCACAUUAUUGGAUCCUUUAACAUCCCCGUUGUCAGCCAUUAUGCCACAUGUGCCUGUCUGUCAGAUAAGAGGCAGUACCCAACAUUUUUCAGAACAAUUCCCAGUGACCAGUUCCAGGCUGAUGCACUGGCAAAGCUGGUGAAACACUUUGGCUGGACUUGGAUAGGUGCUGUCCGCUCAGACUCAGAUUAUGGAAAUUAUGGGAUGGCGUCUUUUCUUGCUGCAGCACAGAGAGAGGGAAUCUGUGUGGAAUACUCUGUAUCCUUCUAUCGAACCAAUUCACGGAGCAAGAUUCAGAGCAUAGCUGAUGUCAUCCGCAGAUCGACAGCAGUUGUUGUAGUAGUGUUUACAACAUCCGGAGAUAUGAGUGUGCUGUUGGAGGAGCUGGCUCGCGAGCCUCCACCGCCUCGUCAGUGGAUCGGAAGUGAGGGCUGGAUAACUGACUCAAACUAUUUGAGCUACACAUUUUGUGCAGGAGCCAUCGGAGUUGGAAUUCAGCAGGCUGUCAUCCCAGGUCUAAGAGAAUUCCUACUGGAUCUCUCUCAAUCCAAAGUGGCUGCAGCCUCAAUAUUAACUGAGUUCUGGGAGGAUGCUUUCAACUGCACGCUGACAAAAACUGCUCAUUCAAAAAAGAGAGUGUGUGAUGGAACUGAAGACCUGAAAACGCUGAAAAGCCCGUACACAGAUACGUCUCAAUUAAGAAUCACUAACAUGGUGUACAAGGCUGUUUAUGCAGUAGCUCAUGCUAUUCACAAUUCUGUGUGUCAGGAAACUAAUCUAACAAUUCAGUGUGACAAAGACGUACGACUGGAAGCUAAGCAGGUUUUGACUCAAUUAAAGAAAGUCAACUUCACCCGUAAUGGUUAUCCUGUGUCAUUUGAUGCUAACGGAGAUCCUGUAGCUUUUUAUGAGCUGGUCAACUGGCAGAAGAGUGAGAGUGGAGUUACUGAGCUGGUAACAGUAGGGUACUAUGAUGCAUCACUGCCUAAAGGACAGGAGUUUCGCAUAAACAGAAACAUAACCUGGAUGGAUUACAAAACAAAGGUCCCAGUAUCAGUGUGCUCUGAGAGUUGUUCUCCAGGAACUCGUAAAGUCCUGCAGAAAGGUAAACCCAUCUGCUGCUAUGAUUGUAUACCAUGUCCUGAAGGAGAGAUUAGCAACAUGACAGAUUCUCCAGACUGUUUCCCGUGUCCCAGUGAAUUGUGGCCUAAUGCACAAAGAGACGCUUGUUUCCCCAAACCUGUGGAGUUUCUUUCCUAUGAUGAAGUCCUGGCAAUCAUCCUGGCUGCAUUCUCUGUUAGUGGGGCCUGUCUGGCCAUCAUAACAGCAGCUAUUUUCUUUCAUCACAGAACAACUCCAAUUGUCAGAGCCAACAACUCUGAGCUGAGCUUCCUGCUGCUCUUCUCUCUGACUCUGUGUUUCUUAUGUUCAUUAACUUUCAUCGGAGCUCCCUCUGAUUGGUCCUGCAUGCUGCGACACACAGCGUUUGGUAUCAUCUUUGUUCUCUGUAUCUCCUGUGUUCUUGGCAAAACUGUAGUGGUUUUAAUGGCCUUUAAAGCUACACUUCCAGGUAGUAAUGUCAUGAAAUGGUUUGGGCCUCCACAGCAAAGAAUGACUGUGGUGUUUUUUACAUUUGUUCAAGUUUUAAUCUGUACUCUGUGGCUGUUACUCAGCCCUCCAUACCCAAUGAAGAAUCUGAGCACAUACAAGGAGAAGAUCAUCCUGGAAUGUGCAUUAGGUUCUGCUGUUGGGUUCUGGGCUGUGCUCGGGUACAUUGGCCUGCUGGCUGUUUUCUGCUUUGUGUUAGCUGUUCUAGCUCGGAAACUACCUGAUAAUUUUAAUGAAGCCAAGCUGAUAACCUUCAGCAUGCUGAUAUUCUGUGCAGUGUGGCUCACCUUCAUCCCAGCAUAUGUCAGCUCUCCUGGAAAAUUUACUGUAGCUGUGGAGAUAUUUGCUAUUCUGGCCUCCAGUUUUGGACUGAUUCUGUGUAUAUUUGCUCCAAAGUGUCUCAUCAUCUUAUUUCAGCCUGAGAAGAACUCUAAGAAACAUGUAAUGAAAAAAAACUGAAUUAUGACCUGCCAACAUAAGAUCCCUGUUAUAAUAAAAUGUAUAGUAAAUCUUGGACUUGUUCAUUAUUUACAGAACAUUUUCCAAAUAUUUUUAUUUAAAUAGUAAAAAUAUAAUUUUUCAUAUUAUUUUCACUUUUGUGCUCCUUGGGUGAAUUUGGCAAGAUAUUCUUUAAAACAUCUUUAACAGUUCCCCCUUCUGCCAACAUGUUGUA